AUGAAUCAAAAGAUGGCAGGAUGGGCCCUAUUGGCCCUUAUCAGUACGUCCACCAUCCUCCAGACAUUGGCGUAUCCACAGCAUUCCCUGCUUAUCUCACAGGCUACAAGCAACGUAAGGAAUCAAAAUCCGCAGUAUUACAGCAACUCGUUACCGCUACCUCAGCAGGAGUCAGCACAAGAGCGCAAGUUUGCCGAGAAACCCAACGCGCUGAAGAAAGUAGCCCUCGAUGACAUCGACGAAAUACAAACCAACUCCAUAUCGGACUCCGGAUUCUCCUGGUCGAACAUGCUGGGUAUGGUAAUGCAAAUGUUAUUCAACCCCGGAGGCACUGGGGCCAACAAAAGUGACAAUAUAGAUACUGAAACCGUUGCACCAUCCCCGUGGGCACAAAUGUUGUCCAUGGGCUUGAAAAUCCUCACCGCGAUCCUUGGAGGAGGUGGAGCCAGCGAUGGUAUUGACAAGGUUGACAACGGAUCUUCUACAAUGCAGAGUAUUUUGGCUGCGGUUCUGUCGACGGUGCUCGGUGCAAAAGAUCCCGAUCAAGUCUCCUCUAUGGCAAAGCAAGCUGGAGAGUUCAUCAACAUCGUUGUAAAUCUACUGGAUGCUCUUAAGACAUCUUUCUCUCACCGUUCCCUGACUGCUCGCUCAAUGGGCAGAAAGGACUCAGUCAGUGAUGCGUCUAUCGCUGGUAUCGCGAUGCUCAAAACCUACGUAAGGUCCUUCGGCACCAACGACGACAAAUGCCUUCAGAAGUACCUCUGUGAAGCCAACAACGAGUGCUCCUCUGACAUCGGACCAAAGAGCGUCUUCUGCCAACUUGGAACAUAUGCCGCUAGCUUUGUCCUCGAGAGGCAGUCCGCUGGUACUUUCGACCAAUUCUUCGAGGCCGGUCGUCGCGGACGCUCAGGCACCGACUGUCGCCAGAUCUAUCUCGAGUGUAACGAAGUUUAAACAAAGCCAUUCUAAUUUCUAAUAUUCAUACCGCCAAAAACUUUAAUGUAGUGUCAGUGAAACGUGUAUAGAACUUCUUUCAAAAAUCUUAAUUCUAAACGGUAUUCGGUCUUGAAAUUGUUAGGUUCGGUCUUUUUGUAAACCUCAAAUUAGAAACGUAGAGUAGAGUCAGCAUCAAAGAAACGCGCGA